UUUAGAUGAAAGCACACAGACAGCCGGACUUCUGAUCCUGCUCUGCUACAGGGCAGAUGUGCAGUUCCACUUCUAGUCCCAUACAGCAUCCUUGGCAUCUCCUGUGCCGUUCCAUUAAGAGCGCUGCAACCAUCCUGUGAUAUUCAGAGCUCAGAGUUUUCUCUGAAAGCAACAACGAGGGACACAAGCACAAGAUCCAGGACAGACAAGCAAUGCUGUGAUUGCUGUAAUGGAUUCGGAGAUCAUGACUGAUGAAAGCAUGAAAACUCUUCCCCUGGCCACUAUUUCUGGGAGAUAUUGAGAAGACAAAACUUAGCACAACCAGUUUAUUAAAACAAGAAAAGACGAGAACAACACCAUGAGGCAUGACGGGCAUUAUCCAAAUGAUACGCUCACGAGUACCAACUUUGCUGCCAUCUACAGCCACCGUAAUGGGGACUUCACCUCUUAUCAGAACUUCACUUUCCCCUUCAAUUUCAGCUACAGUGACUAUGAUUUGCCCUUGGAUGAUGGAGACGAUGUGACAAAAACACGGACUUUCUUUGCGGCCAGGAUUGUCAUUGGGGUGGCACUAGCCGGUAUCAUGUUAGUCUGUGGCAUUGGCAACUUCAUUUUCAUUGCUGCUCUGGCCCGCUAUAAGAAGCUUCGUAACCUCACAAACCUUCUCAUUGCAAAUCUGGCCAUCUCUGAUUUCCUGGUGGCCAUUGUCUGCUGCCCAUUUGAGAUGGACUACUAUGUGGUGCGGCAGCUGUCGUGGGAGCAUGGUCACAUACUCUGUGCUUCUGUCAACUACUUGCGCACUGUCUCCCUCUACGUCUCAACCAAUGCCCUCUUGGCAAUUGCUGUGGAUAGGUACCUUGCGAUCGUUCACCCCCUGAAACCAAGGAUGAACUACCAAACAGCAACCUUCCUCAUUGCUGUGGUUUGGAUAGUAUCCCUCAUCAUUGCCAUACCAUCAGCAUAUUUUGCAACAGAAACUGUCCUUUUCAUGAUACAAAACCAAAAGAAAAUUUUCUGUGGACAGAUUUGGCCAGUCGACCAACAGAUAUAUUACAAAUCCUAUUUCCUGUUCAUCUUUGGAAUUGAGUUUGUCGGGCCUGUUCUCACAAUGACUCUCUGCUAUGCCAGGAUCUCACGAGAGCUUUGGUUUAAAACUGUGCCGGGCUUCCAGACGGAGCAGAUAAGGAAGAGACUUCGUUGCAGAAGGAAAACCGUGUUGGUGCUCAUGUGCAUCCUAACUGCCUAUGUCCUCUGCUGGGCACCUUUCUAUGGCUUCACCAUUGUCCGUGACUUUUUCCCCACUGUGUUUGUGAAGGAGAAGCAUUACCUGACAGCCUUCUAUAUCGUCGAAUGCAUUGCCAUGAGCAACAGCAUGAUCAAUACCAUGUGUUUCAUAACUGUAAAGAACAACACCAUGAAGUAUUUCAAGAAGAUUGUGCUACUCAGAUGGAGGUCUACCUACCAUGGCUCCAAGUCAAGUGUAGACACAGACAUCAGAACAAGUGCUAUGCCGGUCACAGAGGAAGUGGAUUGCAUCAGACUUAAGUGAAGUCCUGCCAGAUGUCUUCUUCAACAAAAAUUUACUGUAUUUUUGAUGUAAAUUGCAUCCCUCCCCCAUUCUGUACAUAUAAAGGUGCUGCAGAUGGAAGCUCUGUCUGAGCGAGAAUUCUUGAACGCUGUUGAAUACUCUGACAAACAAAACCUGUGGAAAUGAACCAUCUUUGCCCACUGUCACCCCACUUUUCCUUGCUUUGUUUCCCAUCUGGCAAAUUUCUGUGUGUACACCUGCAGUUUUGGAAGUAUAAAAGCGGCAAUGGAAAAAGAACAAAUUCAUCAAAGGAAAUGGAACUGUUCCCAAGCAUUCACCUUUCCCUUUCACACAAUCUUCACAGCCUCUUAACAAGACUGCAUGCCUUGCCAAUUCAUCACUUGUGUAACACAAAAAGGUUUGCGGAUGAUCGACAUGCUGUUUAAUGAGUCAGUAGGCUGCAGUUAUGCUUCUUACAUUUUUGGAAUAAAUCCAGAAAAGACAAUUCCAAGACUAAGGCUUGACCUCUUUCUCAAUACUAAAUUUGUUCCUCUUGGCUAUCGCAGUUGAUGGAACAAGGCUUGAUUUCUGUGGAAAUUAAUAUUUCCUGCAAAAUUGUUUCCCUGUGGCAUAAUUUCUGCCCAUUAUGAACACCGAGGUAACUUUAUUCAUAUUGUAUACCUGAUAAAUUGAGCAGCUGCACUUUUAGGAAUCCAGUCUCUUUAGUUUGUCAGGUU